AUGCAAUUGCCGGUUCUCGGCUGCACUUUCCUCACACUGUCAGCGCAUGAGGAAAGUAUUGCCGAGAAGCGGCAGUUGUCAGAGCAGGGAUCGGCACCAAUCAUCAGGGCACUGAUGAUUAGUGCCCUGAUGAUCAGUGCCCAGCAGUGCCAUCCACCAGUUCCGUCCACAAGUGCCCAGCAGUGCCGCCCACCUGUGCCCAGCAGUGCCACACACCUGUGCCCACCAGUGCCACCCACCAGUGCCACCCACCAGUGCCCCCACCAUUGCCCAUCAGUGCCACCCACCAGUGCCCAUCAGUGCCAUCCACUAGUGCCCAUCAGUGCCACCCACCAGUGCCCA